CGAAGAGAGAGGAGGCUGGAUGAGGCGGAUGCGCACUGAGCUGCUGCUGCUUCUCCUCCAGGACGCACGCGGGGAUGGAGGGAGUUUUUGCGUGACGGUGGCACGAUGGUUUCUCAUCUCCACAUCUUGGGUUCGUUACAACCGGGGGUUGAGAUGUCCAACCACCACAACCGGAGCCAGCCCAGCGCGCGGCGCGGGGACUACGUGUGGCAGUAUGAGUACUAUGACGACGAGGAGCCCGUGUCCUUCGAGGGACUCAGGGCGCACAGAUACUCCAUCGUCAUCGGCUUCUGGGUCGGACUCGCUGUGUUUGUCAUCUUCAUGUUCUUUGUGCUCACGCUGCUCACAAAGACAGGAGCUCCACAUCAGGAAAAUCCCGAUGCUGCUGAGAAGCGGCACCAACCGGGGAGAUGUCUGGUUGACCUCGGCGGUGUCCAGGACGAAAAUGAAAAGGCCUUCUCUCGUCCACUGCUAGAGGGGUCCCGCUCGUACUUUCAUUUCUUUAUACACGAGGAGGAUCAGGGUGAGGGGAAACAAAAACAAGAAGACAAGAGGUUUGGGAGGAACACGGGGGCUGGAGCCCAGCAGGGCACCUGCGACCGGCCCAGGGGAGGCAGCUCCUCGGGGAUGGAUGAUAUGGAGGAGGAUGUCGAGGAAGCCAGGGGACACCACCAACCUCUGAAGGGACUAAUGGAGGAUAGUAAGAGGGACAGAGAGUGUGCCUCCCUGUCCCACUUCAACAUCCCCAAUUUUGUGAAUUUGGAUAACAGCUCAAUGCUGGGGGAGGACGAUUUGUAGAGAGAGCCGCUCCUCAUACACUCCACUCCCCCCCCCCCCAUACUCGUCACCAAGGCUGUUUCUACAAAAAGAGAUGACAGGGGAAGACACAGUGGUUUUAAUUUUCUUUCAUUUUCACGGGGCCACAUGUGACCGUUCAGUCCCAGAAAGACACACCAUCUACCGUUUUCAUUCUUAUUAAGCUCAAGAGUGUUUUAAGGCUCUUCAACAAGCGUACUCUCGGAUCGGCAAGUUAUCUGCACAAAAAUGCUGCCCGACACAUUCCUCAUUUAAGCACAGCUCAGUUUUAAAAAGGCAUUUCAUUCUGGAGACCAAAUUGCCUGGAAAAUAGUAGCUUUCACUUCAGCUCCUCCGGGGGUUGAGAGCGGCUUCUGGAAACGAUGAAUUACGCCACCGGAGCCGAUGGAAAAAAGCGUCACAGGAGAGCGAUGUGUUGUUGAAUUGUUUCCUCGUGCAAUCCUGGAUGUUGGACAUUUUUUUCUCUCUGCACCGAGGCUCAAACGCCACCCGGUCAACCAAGAAGAUUAAAAACACGGGAUUGUUGUUGCUCUAGAAACAGGUGAAGUGUAAUUUACUGUGUGAUGUGUAGCACUGAAUCACACAUAUCGUCGUUCCUUUACAGGGUGUAGGCAACCUGAGGCCUUGGGUGAUGAUGUGAUCUAAUGUUUUUGUAUUCUGCUGAAUGUAGUCGAAAAAUA